UUUACCUCUUAUCCACACAUACCCCUCACUCGCGCACCACCAUCAUACCUAAGACCUCAUAGGCCACACCUAGUGUCUACGCCUUUGUCUUGUCUUUGGCAGCACGCGACCAUCCACAGCCAUCCACUUCUCCCAGACCUUCCAUCUGUAGCGUGCUUAAGCUUAGACACACUUCAGCUACGAAAGCAUGAACCACUUUCCGACGCUUAAACGACCAUUUCUUGACACCAGUGCUUUGUCUUCCCCGCUUGAUCACGAAUCAGACAGCGAAUCUAGCGAGGUGUCCGACGCCGAAACGCCCUCUCCGCCAGCCAGACCCUUUGUCAGAUUCCCUUCGCUAACUCCACCGCUUGAGGAGAGUGGGAACUCGGAACGGUUCUCAGAUGUUGAGCCCGAGAGUAGCAAGUGGUGGUAUGAAUUUGAUAUUUCUGUCAUCAUUGCGCUAGUUCCGCCCAUCGGAAACUGGUUGACAGGAGGAGAUCACGUCAAGAAUCUCCUUCUCAUUCUUCUCUUGAUAUUCUAUUUGCACCAAAUCAUCGAAGUACCAUGGAGCCUCUAUCAUCUCUCGAGACCCAGACGUCGUUCACCUGACCUACCACGCCCUCAAACGUCUGAGCAGGAUCCGUAUCAUCAACUUGCUUCGUCAGAGUUACACAAACUCGAAGUGUUCUACUUGUUUCUGACUGUUUUGUCACCGUUACUUGGAGCCUUAAUCCUCCGUACGAUCAUCAUAUCUGUGGCAGGCCCGGAGACCAUAUCAUGGUUCAGCACUUCUCUCUUCAUCCUCGCCACCGGUAUUCGACCCUGGAAACACGCGGUAGAGCGUCUCCGCCAACGCACAAAAGACUUGCAUACUGUCAUUCACUACCCUCCAGCCAGCUCACCGGAUACACAAUCGCAAAUCGAGGCUCUGACUGCGCGCAUCGCUGGAUUAGAUGCUCAGCUGAAAGAAUGCAAAGAAACCGUGAAACUCCUCACAGAAGAUAUUUUCGACCACGUGGAGGGGGCCGUCCAGGGGUUAGAGAGAUCCAUUCGGAAACAGGACAAAAAGAAUGAUGCUGUCUACUCAGCUCAGGGGUCGAGACUCGAGACGGUGGAACAGAACGUAGAAGCAUUGCUGGAAAGGACGGAAACUUCAGUGCAUGGGUCGACCCUGUCUCACAAUCUGGCUUCUGCAUUUCAUGCGACCUUGGCGGAACCACUCGCAUUCGUUUUUCCAGAGUGGGCACGCAGCUCUCGCCGAGACAAACUCCCACCAUCUCCUCGCACUUCCCCAAAAAAUAGAGCUCGAUAUCUCUUUCCCUCUUUCCGUAUUCCAGGUUUAAAAUUCGUCCUGCGCAUCGGCGAUCUCGCGACCUUACCCGUCCGCCGGGUAGUAGCUUAUCUCCUCAUGGGUCGCAUAUAUGCGCCUAACGUGCCCACUUCCUCGCAUUAAACAGUGUUACCACUGAAGUUUUAUUUUUUGUUCCCUUCGCAUUGCAUUGACUGGUUUCCCACGUCUUCUCGUAUUUUUAUCUACGCAUUGAACGAAACACGAUCCGUCUUUCCGCACGAUAAUUGGUACCUACGAAUAACCUUACUGUACGCUUGUACAACAAAAUUUUGUAUCGCUAUCAAUUAUGUCUGUAUCCAAUCGAGAUUC